AUUGUCAAUGUUUUGGGGCGGCUGACAAGUGUGACUAAAAAAUGUUACAGAUUCAUCAUUUUUUCAAUAAACAGAUGAAUUGCUGAGCUUCAUUUAAGAUUAAAAACCUUUGACUAUUAUUAGUUGGUGUGUGCAACUUCAAACUAAAGAGUCCUAAAUACUGACAGCAGGCUACAUAGGGAUCAACAGUUGUAGACAUCACCAUGGCAACAAUAUUCGGUGGUUGCCAUGUUGUCCUUGACCUAACAACAAGUGUCAGCUUCAAAAAGAAACAAGAAAUCCGUAAGAAAAUCACAGAUAAUGACGGGAUUGUCUCCUACAUUGUUACAAAGAAGAGUACUCAUGUGGUAUGUAACGACCCUGCCAAAGCGGACACCAGCUACAAGCGUAAGAUGGCCCAGAAGUAUGGCAUCCCCGUUGUGUCCGUUGCCUUCCUGUAUGACUGUGUGGAGGAAGGGAGACUACUUUGUUCAGAUGAUUACCUGGUUAUUGGCAAAACAAGGUCUCAGAAACUUGGCUCUGGUAAAAUUGCAGCUACAAAGUACCAGAUUCUUGGUAAGAGGAAGAAGUCGUCCUUCUAUCCAGCGGGAGUGAAGGCAUGGCCACUACAGGAAAAACACACUCCCAUUUUCAACAGCGCCAAAUACCAGGUGGCAAAAUAUGCUGUGUUACAGAAAUAUGUAAAGAGUGCAGGGAGGAUUUUUUUCUGUGUGCUGGAGGUUCACGUUACUGAAGAACGGGACUUUCUGCCUGGACAAAUCCACAGAUUCAGGGUAUCCAAACACCAUGGCAACCUCAAACACAUCCAGGAAGGAAAACCUGAGAAAAUGGAAUGUUAUUAUGUUGAGACAUCAGACGAAGCUACCAAGAUGUACAGUUUCUUGUACAAACAGCAGACGGAACACCCAAAUCUAAUGGAGGUAUCCCAUGAUGCACCUCCCAGGGGCAUAGGCACAUUGAACUUUCAAAAGAUGAUGAUGGCAUUUGGAUUAGAGAAAGCAGAGUUAUCUGAUCCUGUCUGUGAACUAGUGGAGGGAAUAUGGAGGGAGGCCUACUCAGACCUAUCAGAGAUCCUGACCUCACCAAGCUCAGUCAAACUAGAACAGAUUGAGAAGGCUGAAGCUUUGUUAAUGAAGCUAAGAGGUGAACCAGAAGACAAGCAGUCUGUCCUCAAUGAGUUCUACUCCACUCUUCCACACAACAACAAGGUGGCCAUCAGCAGUGUCAACAAUGCCUGGUUGUCUACAGAACAGGAUCUUUGUCAGGUGAUGAAAGACAUGCUGACGGUCAGUGAGUCCACUGGCUGGUCACUCCGAGGGUCGACAGAGUCCAAAUACCGUGCCCUUAGGUGUCAGAUAGAACACAGGGCCCCUGAUCACCAUGUGUACAAGACAGUCAAGGCACUGGUCAACAAGUCUCUGGAUGGGAAUACCAGGCUGAACAUAACGAACGUAUUUGAGGUACAGAGACAGAUGGAAGAGGAUCAUUUUACCAAGGACAUAUUCAACCAGACCCUUUUGUUUCAUGCAUCCAAACCAAACAACUUUGUUGGGAUUUUGUCCAGAGGCUUACUGAUGCCAAAGAUGGUUGUGGAUGAGUAUGGAGGCAAGAGAACAGAUGCUGGCAUGUUGGGAGCAGGCAUCUAUUUUGCAAGUGCUGCCAGUACUAGUGUAAAGUACUCACAGGUCAGUAAGAGCCGGGGCACGAGAAUGAUGCUGGUCAAUAAAGUGGCUCUGGGUAGGUGUAUGGACCUGUACAAGCAUGACCAGACACUUGACCGUGCCCCAAAUGGUUACUCCAGUGUCCAUGGUGUGGCCAACACAUCCAACAAACGCUCAGACUUCACGGAGGAUGAGUAUGUAGUAUACUCACCGGAUCAACAGAAGAUGUGUUACCUUGUGGAGUUCACUGUGGGCAGUGAGAAACCCAUACCCAUGGAAAUUGUACCUGUACACGACAGCAUAGACACAAAUACUGACCCAACAGCAACCGACAAAAUCAAUUUAAAAGAUGUAAAAGAUGUUUUGGACCCCAUGUCAAAGGUCAAAUCUGGACUGAUUGCUGAUGGGAAGGAAGUCAAUCCAGUGGAACUUACGGGUGUGAACGUGUGUGGCAAACUGAUGGAUCUAGUGGCAGAGGUGAAGGUCUUACAACAGUACCACAACAACAGUGACGAAAUGUUGGAGGGAAAGUAUGUGUUUCCCCUUGAUGAGAUGGCGGCAGUGUGUGGGUUUGAAGCGUACAUCAAUGACAAACAUGUGGUGGGGGAGGUGAAGGAGAAAGAGACGGCUCACAAAGAGUAUAAGAAGGCCAUCAGUGAGGGACACGGGGCCUACCUCAUGGACCAGGACGAAGAGGCACCGGAUGUGUUUACAGUAAGUGUAGGAAAUGUUCCUCCCAGAGCAGAUGUUAUCAUCAAGAUUACCUACGUCACAGAAUUACAGGUGGAAGGUGACCUUGUCAGCUUCCGUCUCCCGGGUAACCUAGCACCGUGGAAAGAGAGCUCGCAAGACAACAAGGAUUUAGAGUGCUGUGUUGCAGUAGCUAUUGACAUGCCCUUUGACCUAAGAAACAUCCAUAGCCCAACCCACAAAAUUGUAAUUGUGGACUUUGAUGAUGAUGGUCAACCAAGAAAAGUGCAAAAAACAAAGCCUAAAGGGUCUCAGGCUAUGAUGUUGAUAGAGCCAGGACAAACUCUCGGGGAGGGUUUCCAGCUUCUCUUGGAGUUGGCUGAGGCUCAUGUCCCUCGCAUGUGGGUGGAACAGGACGAGGACAAUCCUACCAGUCAGGCAUGUAUGCUGACAUUCUAUCCCGAGUUUGAGGCCUGUGAGGACAGUCAGGCAGAGGUGAUUCUCAUGCUGGACUUGUCCAACUCUAUGACUGAUGAGGGGCUGAACGAGGCCAAGAAGGUCCUCCUCCUAAUCCUGCAUCACCUGCCCAACCCCUGGACGUUCAAUGUUGUCAUAUUUGGAACAACUUUCCGUGAACUUUUCCCUUCAAGCCAGCCUAAGAACAAAUCUAAUGUUGUGGCAGCUGAGGCGCUGAUACAGUCCGUAGAUGCCAACAUGGGAAAUACAGAUUUGUACCGACCUUUACACUCGUUUUACCUCCUUAAACCAGAGAGUGUUUCUCGAAAUAUUUUCCUUGUGUCUGAUGGGCACAUCAACCAUCAAGACGUUACCAUGGAUACAGUGCACAAAAAUUCCCAGCAUACACGAGUGUUUACAUUCGGAGUCAGCAAUGUGAUGAACCGUCACCUGCUUGGAGCAUUGGCUCGUGUUGGGGCUGGAGCAUUUGAAGGAUUUGACAGUAAAGCCAAGUCCAAGUGGGAAGACAAGGUGAAGUCACAGAUUGCUAAAGCAGGACAACCUGGAUUGACAUCAGUAGCUGUCUCCUGGCAACAGGGAGAUGGUGCUCCACCUCCAAAACAAGCACCCAAUCAGAUCACAGCUCUCUUCAGUGGAUCGAGGAUGGUAGUGUAUGGCUUUGUACAGAACUGUACCAGUGCAACACUGUCUGCUGAAGUAGGUGAUGAGGAAAUAGCUGCAUUAGUGACCAAGUCUGAUCGCUAUGUAACCAAAGGAAAGAUCCUGCAUCGUCUGGCAGCCAAAGCAAUCAUCCGUGACUGGGAAGAUGGACUUCUGUCAUCUGAUGGCCUCAACCAACAGAAAAUGAAGAUGGACCUGAAGGACUAUGUUAUUAAGCUGAGCAAACAGUUCUGUAUAGUGACUCAGCUGACCAGCUUCAUAGCGGUGGAGAAACGAGAAAAGGAUGAAAAGCUGACUUCAUCGCCUGAUCUGGAUGAUCUGUUGGAAAUAGAACAUCAAGAAGUUUGCACGUUUCUUAGGCCAGACAUCAACCUGCAGGACCUGUGGGACGUUCUUUCAGACUCUGAGGAGGAAGAGGAGGAAGAGGAGGAAGAAAGCAUAACUUUAGAUGAAUUACAUGCUAAAACUUACUACCAGGGGGGUGAUGAAUAUGAGCCUGACGAUUGUGCAAUGGAAUGGGCAACUGAACAGAGUAUGAUGUAUGAUGAUGCUGUUCUGGUUAAAGAAAAGAUGGAUGUUUAUCUGUGUGAAGAUGGUAUAUAUGAAGAUGUAGAAGAAAGAGAAGAAAAAAACCAAAAGACUUCAUACUCAAUGGCUCCUACCAUAGAAAAGGAGUUCAAACUUGAAACAUCAAAUACUCUAUAUAUGAUGCUCAAAGGUAUUGGGAAAGCAGUGCAAGUAAUGUCGGAGGAGGAGGAGGAGGAGGAGGAGGAGGAGGAGGAGGAGUGUGAUGAUGACAUGGGCUUUGGUCUGUUUGAUGAUGAGGAAGAGGAUUCCCCAGUGGGAAGGGUUCUGCACAAAAGGUCUCCAAGGUCUGCCGUGACUUUAAAAGCAGCUCCCCAAUUUCCACCUUCUGCCAUGGCUUUUACAUCAGAAAGUUGUCUGUCUUCUCUUCCUCAACCACCUCCAUCAUCUGCCAUGGCUUUGAAUUCAGCAGGACCUCCUUCCCCACCUCUACGCUCUGCCAGAUUAGCAAGAAACCUUGCCAGAUCAGCAAGACCUCCUCCGCCAGCUCCACACUCUGCCAGAUCAGCAGGACCUCCUCCCCCACCUCUUCACUCUGCCAGAUCAGCAAGACCUCCUCCCCCACCUCUACACUCUGCCAGAUCAGCAAGACCUCCUCCGCCACCUUCACUCUCUGCCAAAUCAGCAGGACCUCCUCCCCCAACUCCAAAGUCUGCCAUGUUUUUUAAAUCAGCAGGACCUCCUCCCCCACCUCCACUCCCUGACAGAUCAGCAGGACCUCCUCCCCCACCUCCAAUGUCUGCCAUGUUUUUUGAAACAGCAGGACUUCCUCCCCCACCUCCAAAGUCUGCCAUGGCUUUUAAAUCAGCAGGACCUCCUCCCCCACCUUCACUCCAUACCAGAUCAACAGGACCUCCUUCCCCACCUCCACAAUAUGCCAUACAGUGCCUAAAAGCACCAGGCUUUCCUCACCCACUUCUAAAGUCAUAUAUGUCCCUACCUCAACAGUCUGCCAUGGCUUUUCAAUCAGCAGGACCUCCUCCACCAAUUCCACUGUCUGCCGUGGCUUUUCAAUCAGCAGGACCUCCUCCACCAAUUCAACAGUCUGAUAGGGCUUUUCAAUCAGCAGGACCUCCUCCACAGUCUGCCAUGGCUUUUCAAUCAGCAGGACCUCCUCGCCCACCUUCACAAUCAGCCAUGGCUUUUCAAUCAGCAGCAGCACUUCCACCACCUCCUCUUUCAGGCUUGCAAUCAAAGGUUUCAAUCAAAAGCAAAAAGAAACAGCAAAGGUUUAGCUCUCUGCCUAUGGAAAACGGCAUGCAUGCUCUAAGGAGACAGGUUUCACAAGGUGAUGGUGAUGGUUGGACAUUAACCAGUACUUUAGAAAGAAGCUUAGACAGCAGUGUUCCCUUGGAGAAGGUUAAAAAUUUACCGGUGCCAAAAUUACCAAAAAGGAAAAAGAAAAUGGCUAUGGAUGAGAAAUCUGAUGAACCGCCAUUGGCCAAUGCUGACGAUGUUGCGUGGAGGGAAUGUGAGAUGUCAGUUAGGAGACAAAGAGGUGUAGCAUUGCCGCAGGCACUACCUGCUAGGAUGCGGAGACAAGCAGAAUCAGCCGGUGGUUCAUGUUGUAUGGCUUCUAAUUCAGGCCGAUUUAGCAUGUCAGAUGGAGGAACAAGGGGUCUGCAUGUAGAUGGAAAUUGGGUUCUAGAUAGAGGAACAUCCGAGGAACAGCAGCAAUUUUUGCAUGUAGUACAUCAUCAAAAAACUAAACCAUGCGAUCUCUUGGAUGUUGGAUCAAAGAUGCCAAGAAUUGCCAAAACAGCCAGGAAAAAUCUGACCAAAACAGAGUUUGACACACUUAAAAGACUUCAAAAUAAAGAUGGAGGAUGGAGCAAAGGUGACGUGGAGAAGGCACUCUUCAUUGAUUUGACAGCCUGUAUAGAGGCCCUGAACUCUGCUGGACUCAAGUCAUUAGGACUUAAAGUUGCUAUUGAAAUGGAGAACCUUUUGGUGACAGCUUUUGUCAUGAUGUGGAUACUGAAGUCACUGGUACCAGAGUUAUUCCCCCUGGACACUACCACCAAGAGUUGGUCAGACAAUGUAAUGAUGCAGUCAGAAGGCCCACUGAAAGUCUAUGACCUAGAUAGGUCCAUACUGGACAAGGCCAUUGCCUACUGUGACCAAAGGGAGAAGUCUCACCCAGGGGUCUCUUCUAUCCUCGAGCUGGGACCAAACUGGUUUGAUGUGGCAUCGAAAAUCAUUGGUUUUUAGUUACUA